UAAUUCUCCGAGAGGGAAGUUCGUUCCUCUAUAUAUAUAUCAUCUUCUUCCUAUCCUUCACGCUUUCAUUAUUUUUUUGUAAAUUUUGUUGUUCGUUUUAUUUUAAAUUAUUCUAUUUACUGUAAAUAAACACUUUUUUUCCUAUUUUUCGAUCGUGCAACAACUUAAGUUACCAAAGAACCAGCGCUAACAUGUACGCUGUAAAAACGCCCAGUAAAUACAUGACAGCAAAGACCAGAAGAGGCGUUCGACACAGUUUCGACCGACUCGAUUCGUUUCGUGACAACUUGAAGAAAGUCAACGGAGCGGAAGACGAAGAACUAUCAUCGCCCGAACCAAAACCAGUUUUUCAUUCCAACGGUCAUAGGAAAUCACAUCACAGGUGUCACCCCUCACCGCCCGACGCAAUAAGUCCACAGCACGAGAAACUCAUACAUUACAUCAAUGAGUCUUGGCACUCGGUCAUAGAUAAGGAAGAAUCAUCAGAAAGUUCUCAGAAAAUUGUUUAUUUUAAACCUGAAAAUAACACGGACUUGCUAAAUGAUUUUCAAGCCUUCGACUUAGACACGUACUGGAUCAAGCGGUUGUACAACGAUAUCACAAAGUCGGUGCCGUGAAACCGUUUUUAUAGUCCUACGCAUAGGUAUUAGAAAGAAAAAAAAAUGUUAUCAGACUCGCCUGUAGCUUACAAAGUCGUCGCGAAGACAUGAUGGACACGUGCAUGCAUACUUAGUCAAAUUUGUGUCACAAUAGAACAUCCGUUGUCUUUAAGACACCUUGAAAGGGAUGGGAGGGAAAAUGGCAAUAGUAGUUUUUUAAAUACGUAGUUAGUCUAGUUAAAGUCAAGUAUGUCGACGCUGUUAUUAUGAAAUUAUUGUGCAAGUAUCGUUUAGUUAAUCGAUGUUUCCUUUUAAUUUACUGUUUUAUUAUUAUUUUUUCGUUAUUAUAUUAUACAAAUUUAUGUUGUGAGUUAUCUGAACAAGACUGAAAUUUGUAUAAAAAAAAAAAUUGAUCGUGUACAAUUUUUUGUUUUGCUUUCGUUGAACCCGAUUUUAUUUUAAAACUCUGGUAGCUCUUAACGGCAUAAGAAUCGAAACCUGUUGAAAUCAUAAGAAUUGUUCGAACAAUUCUUAUGCCGAUAUUUUUUUUAAAUUAUUAUUAUUGAACGUUUUUGAUUAUAUAAGUACAUUUUUUAUAUAUCUAUACAUCAUCGAGACAAUAUUGUAGAUGUAAAACUUCUUUCUGUUAGAUUGCAAAAGUGAAGGAAUAAAUUUUGUUCAAAUGGC